GUUAAUUAAUUAAUAAUUAGCUCGACAAUUUAGUUAUAAUCACUAGCUUAAUCAAGCCGUUUAGCUUGAGCCGCCUAACUUGGCCACCUCGACUUCUCUUUAGUUCAGGUCAUCAUUCCUUUGGAUUCGGUCUCGCUAUACUACUUCGGCUAUGAGUCAUUUAACAAUUACAUUUUAGCAUCUAAUUUAUUUACUCAUGAUCAACGGUACCCUAGUAUCUACAUCAAAUCAAGAAACAUGACCUCGCCGGUCUUUUAUCACCCAUCUCGCGAUCCCUAGUACAAGCUCGUCCCCAAAUUAUCCAACCCAUUGUCUUCUGAUCUAAUCGGACCAUGAUUACGGAAUUCCCCCAAAAUCAUAACCUAAAUCCAAUAACUAUGUCGGCUGUCCAAUGCUCGGUUUGCCCGCUUAUGAUAACUCGUCACUCGCCGUUCACAUGGACGACCUAUACCAUCACUGAACCCAUCUUAGCGAAAUCCAUGACUACGCCACUGCGCCAAAUGAGAGUGCUAAUGGACUUGUUAGAUAGUAGUACUGUAAUCCCAAGUUGAUGGGAUCUUGUACAUAUAUGAAAGCUAGCUGCGAAAUACCGAACUCUCUUCUGUGCAUGUUGCGUCAACUAGCACAUAUGUUACAUGAUGAUGUAAAGUGUAAAACCCAAAAAGGGGAAAAAAAGCCAAAGGAGAAAAAGAAAGAGAGAAAGAAGGCCUCGUCGGCAGCAUACUAACAUGGUUGGAUGGUAGUGCUCUUAUUAGAGUUCAUUUGGAUGGAGAAUUUUAGCGGAUUAAAUUUGAUAGAGGCAAAUUCAUCAUUUUUACAAUAUAACAUUUGGAUGCAGCGAUUUCUCUUUAGAAAUUUUGAAUUGACUCGUUUUGAGUAAAUUUUAAUUGCUCGAGGUGGAACAGAUAAUUGAAAAUGACUCAUUUUAAUUAUUUCGUACUAGUCUACCUCGUGUAUAUAUAUAGUCACUAGUUAGACAGUCCACUCAAAGGUCCUCACCCCCUUUUUUUUUUACGAAGAUUGACAUAGGUUUUUUCACAUUCAAAUAUGAGACAUUCACGUUGAACUAGAGAUUAUACCACAUGAUCAAACUCUCAUUCUAACGUUUUUCAUACUCGUUGUAAGUCGUAGUUAAUAUAAUUUUAUGUAGGAGUCCUAAUCACAUAGACAUAUGUAAAUAAUUAAACAUCGAAGAGGAUUAGUGUUUUAGAAGUAGUAGAACAAGUAAAAAAAAACACACACACAUGACAUAAUAGAGAGGGAAGGUAAAACCUACUCAAUUGUCAAUACCAUUUACAUUAAAAAAAAAAAAAAAAUCAAAUUACAAUCCCUACAAUUGUCAACUGGUCCAGGUCUCUGUUCUAAUCCGAGAAUUGUUGCUUGCUCACCAUCUUCCCUCUUCAUCCUUUCUUCCGAAAAAAUUAUUCUUUAACAUCGGUGACACCUUGGAGCGCUCCAAGGGCGAAGACAUCGUCGAUAUUCCAUUUUUUUUUCCCCAACAGACUUUGUGUUCGUGACCAUUACCACCAACCAAUAGCCUUCCUUCGCAAUCGGCAAUUCUCCUCUGUUAUCCCCGGCCAUUCGACGACUGCCUCUGCGGUGAUCGGAGAUUCCCUUUUGUUCACUGCCUCACCGUUUCAAAUUUCCGGCGAAUUGAGGAUCUCGUCGGGGAUAUUCUCCAUCAUUGGUAAAGCAUCCUUCCCUUUUUCAUUUUUUCCCCCUUUUGGCUGCGCGUGUUCGGAUUCCGGUGCUUAGAUUCUGGAAAUUAAGAAUAGGGUAUUGGCUUCCUUUUGUCGAAGGAAUCGAAAGUUGAUCGCUUUUUUUGUUUUCUCUGCGGGUGCUGAUUUGGGUUGGCGUUUGAUCGGAAUAGUGAGGAGAAGUUUUUUGAAUGCUGCCCUGAGAAGCUCCGGGAUUGUGAAAUGAGCUGCCGUGCGUGAUGACGAAGGUAACGCGGAAAGUCGGGAAGUAUGAGGUCGGCCGGACAAUCGGCGAAGGGAAUUUCGCCAAGGUCAAGUUUGCUCGGAACCAGGAGACUGGUGAAAGCGUCGCCAUUAAAGUGAUGGCCAAAUCCACCAUUCUCAAAAACAAAAUGGCUGAUCAGAUUAAAAGAGAGAUAUCGAUCAUGAAGAUUGUCAGACAUCCUAAUAUUGUUAGGUUGCAUGAGGUUUUGGCAGGUCGGACGAAGAUAUAUAUCAUUCUUGAGUUCGUUACUGGAGGAGAACUGUUUGAUAGAAUUGUCCACCAAGGAAGGCUUAAAGAGCACGAGGCAAGACGAUACUUUCAACAGCUUAUAGAUGCAGUGGACCACUGUCAUAGUAAGGGUGUGUACCACAGAGAUCUUAAGCCUGAAAACCUUCUUCUUGAUGCUGCCGGGAAUUUGAAGGUCUCUGACUUUGGAUUGAGUGCGUUGCCUCAGGAUGGUGUUGAUAUUCUCCAUACUACCUGUGGUACACCGAAUUAUGUUGCCCCGGAGGUGCUCAGCCACCAAGGUUAUGAUGGGGCAGCUGCCGACAUAUGGUCAUGUGGAGUAAUCCUCUAUGUUCUGAUGGCUGGAUAUCUUCCAUUUGAUGAGACAGACCUUCCAACUUUGUUCAAGAAGAUAAAUGCUGCAGAAUUCACUUGUCCUUUUUGGUUUUCUCCAGAUGCAAAGGCCCUGAUAGAUAAGAUACUUACUCCCAAUCCGAAAAAACGCAUAAGGAUAAAGGGAAUUAGAAGAGAUCCAUGGUUUCGGAGGAACUACGUGCCUGUGAAACACACUGAAGAAGUGGAAGUGAAUCUUGAUGAUAUUCGUGCAGUCUUCGAUGACAUCGAGGACCAAUAUGUAGCAGAGAAAUCAGAAUGCAGUGACACUGGACCAUUAAUAAUGAAUGCCUUUGAAAUGAUUACCCUUUCCCAGGGGCUAAAUCUAUCAGCACUGUUUGACAGACACCAGGACUAUAUAAAGAGGCAGACUCGUUUUGUAUCCCGUAGACCAGCAAAGGAUAUAAUCUCAACAGUCGAAGCAGUUGCUGUCUCAUUCGGCCUCAAGGUUCAUACGCGUGGUUACAAGAUGAGGCUUGAAGGAAUGUCAGCGAAUAAGACUGGUCAUUUAGCAGUGGUGUUGGAGGUUUACGAAGUCGCACCUUCACUGUUCAUGGUAGACGUAAGGAAGGCAUCAGGGGAGACUCUCGAGUAUCACAAGUUCUACAAGAACUUCUGUGCAAAGCUCGACGAUAUCAUAUGGAAGCCAGCAGAAGGAGCAAACUCAGGCCUGCUUCGAACGAUGACUUGCUGAUCCAGGGUGGCCAGACGGGGGUUUUCUUGGGCGUGAAGCAACUAAACUAUAUAUAUGUAAAUAGUCUCUCUACUUGCUCUGUUCGAUCCUGAAUUUUUGACAAUCAUGUUUCAUCCUCUGCAUACAUCACCAUGUCUUGUCUUCUGGAAAAAGAUGAACUCCCAAAACGUAGAACUACCACUCUGCCAGGAAUGAGUAUAUUGAGCUCUGGGUUUCUAGUGAAUCUGCAAAUCCAAUGCAAUCGAACAACUGACGAAAGAGUCUGUUUUGUUACCAAGUACCAAAUAUGCACUCUCGAUGAAUGUAGAAGCAUAUCAGACUGAAUUGGUACUCCUAUCACUUUUGCAAGGAAUGCAUAAGCAAGCACACUACAAAUUGGUCUCUGUCAACAAGUACAAAUAAGAUUGAGCUCAGACA